CUUAGGCAAUACAUAUAGAUUUUUAUCAUAUGUGUAUACUAGAUAUUUACUUGAAACUCCACGAAACGAAAAAUAUAAACGACAUUUUCUUCUGGUUAAAAUCUGAUUCCCAACGCCCUAGAUAUAGAUAUAUAUAUGAGGUGGAAAAUAUAAGGCAUCAACACGAAUUCAGUUCUUGUUAAAGAAAAGUAAAAGUCAAUCAAAAAAUUGCGAAAUCGGGGUAAAAAAACUCGUGUGUGCUAUUGACUAUAUCGUAUCGGUUCGGAGCGUAUCGAAUCGUAUCAAUGGGAAAUACCGAUUCGACACAGCCAUCUGCAAAUGAAUUGCCAUCGCAAUCGCAGCCCCAGACCCACAACCAGACCGUCACAGACGAUGACGAGCCCUGGUGGCAUGAGAUCGAACAUGAUAAUUUGCUGCUAGAGCAAUCAACAUUACCGACUGCAACGACUGCCAUGGAAAAUAAGCAAAUAAGUUCCGUAGAAGAAUCUCGAGAGAAAUCUUCUUCAGUGACGCCUACGCCUACGCCUUCGUCGAGUAGUCGACCAGUCGAAAAGACUUUUGAAGAGUUCCGUGAAGAACUGCGCCACAAACGACAAGCACGUCAAACGGCUGUUCAGGAUUUGCGUGAUGAAAUUCAUCAAUUGAGGAAACAAUUAUCAGAUGCCGAGAAGGAAAAUCAACGUUUGCGCAAAGAGCAGGGCAAGGAGGAUACUAACGAGUCAACUCCAGUUACCGAGGAAACCGAUCCAGAUGAUGAUAACCCGACGAGCCGGAGUCGUCAUGCCAAUAUCGAGCUGGCCAAUGCUCAAUUGGCUCUCCAGCAGGCCAAUGCUGAUAAUCUCACAUUACGUGGCGAAGUGGACGUAGUGCAGCGUCAAGUGGGCACUCUCAAGGAGGUGAUAUCCUGUUGCAAGCAAAUGCUAAGUGUCAAAGAGGAACAAUGUGCCCAGCUCAAGAUGAAACUACAGCAGAUAGAGAACUCCUUCAGUGAACGAGAAAUGAAAAUAAUGUCGAAUAAUCUGCGACAAGAAUACGAACGUCAAUUGGUCAAUAUACGCCAACUGCGUCAGCUCUAUGAGGAACGCCAACGUGUGGCAGCUGCUGAAUAUGAGAAUUUACAACGUCUCAUAUCGAUUAAGAAAGAUGAACUCGUGGCCGAACAGGAAAAAUCUAAAAACUUUGAGGAACGCAAUCAGGGCUUAAUGAAGGAAGUGGAAACUGCCAAUGAGGAGUUGGCCAAGCUGCGCGAAGAAUGCUUUGAACACAAGUAUGAAAAACGGACCCUCAAAGAUCAAGUGGGAGCUGUCAAUUUGCUUUUUAGUCAACUGGUAAUGGGCUUUAAUGGUAAAAACAAUUUGGAUAUUGAUCGUCUCACCCAAAUGCUUGAGGAGAAUCGUCAGUUGCUCAAUCAAAUGACUCAAGCCGAGGGGAGUUGCAGCGAUGGAGCCACCCUGCCCAAAUUGCUCUUUGAACUGGUCGAACAGGCAGCACAGUCGAAUGAAGUUGACUUACCGCAGCAGGAGCAGGAUAAAAGCCGCAGUACCACACCCACGCCCACACCCGCUCAAAGCUCAACCGAAACCGGCGAGGUUGGUGACAUCACAGAUAGUGUCAAGCUAGAGGCUUUAGGCGCCAUUAGGAAGCCGAGGCGUAGAAGCUCCAACUCUGCUGUGGCUUCGUUAAAAGGCCAUGAGCCCGAAAUUAUGGGAAAAGUUGCAACAGCCCAAGAAAUCAUUGGCAACUUGCCAAAAGUUUGGAAAGUGUUGAUGGAGCUCUUGAGUCACCACAAAAUUGAGCGCGUGCAGUUUGAAGAGCUACCAUCUGGAACUGGGCGAACGGAAGCCGGUGCAGGAGCAACUGCAGCUGGAGGGAAAGCCAGUGAGCUAAGCGUCAGUAAGACCUAUAUCAAAUUGAAGGAUCUUAUAUUGGAGAAAAAGUCUUUGGUUAAGGAAACCAAUCGUUUGAAGACUCUCAACAGUCAUCUGGACUAUCGUCUGAAUGAGCAGGAAAAACGCUUGAGUGCUGUUAGCUUGGAGUUGACUAAAACCUGGCAUUUGGUAGGAAAAAUGCAACGACAACAUCGCCAAUUGCAUACUCAAGAGCAGAUAUUACGCUACCAACUGCAGCAGAAGCGUCGUUUGCUUAGUGAACUAAAGGACGAACUGGAGUACUGCAGGCGAAAGUGGGCGGUGGCACGGGCCAAAAAUGAUGAGAGUCAAGAGCAAUGUGAUGCCUGGCGUCGUGAAUUCGCUAGAAGGAAACUCGAGGAUGCCAAUCAUUCGGCGGAGAGCGGUUAUAGCGAUUCAGGGCCACAAUCUGAUGAAGAACGUGAAACAUUAACUGGUGCUAAUGUGCAUGUGGAUGAGGUGAUGGCGGCCACUGCUGGUGAAGCUUCAUCUUCAUCCACAGCCGUCAAUUGUCGCCGCAAGCACCUAAGGGAUCAAUUUGAGCAUACACGCAGGAUAAAACGCAUGCAAAGUACAUCGCCAGGACGACAAGCUGCUGCGGUUGCUGCUGCUGCUUCUGAUGAGAAUGCUGAGGAUAUAGUUUUGCGUUGGAACAGUGCACCACCGACUUGUGGUUGGCGGAAGGGUGUAAAUGAACCGGAUGACUAUGACGACGACGACGACGACAACGACGAUGAUGAUGUUGAUGGUAGUGCUGGGAUUGAAGCGGCUGCUGGCACAUCAUCAUCUCGGGGCGCCAUUCCCAAAAUAUUGCAUUCAUCUCGCUCUCGACGACGCGGCCAGGUAGAUACCGCUGGAUCAUCGCCAUCGUCAUCAUCUUCGGGCACGGCCAGCCGCAUCCAAAAGCUGGAAGAACAAUGUAAAUCAUUAAUCAAACAGGUCUUAGAAACCUCUGACAAUCGAGAGCGUUUGGAGAUUCAGCUUUGCGAUUUUCAAGAUGAGAUUUCACCCGCUCAACAUGCAGUGCCACUUGAUGAGUUCAUUAAUCGUAAGCGUUUGGAGAGAAUGACGAGAGCCAGUUCCGCGCCAGCCUCGGGUUCAUUAACACCCAGAGAGGAGGAGUAUACGCGAAAGCGUUCCGAGCGUCUAGGACGCCUAGAGGAAGAGUCCCGCCAAUUAAUAUCGCGCAUCAUGAGGACCACAGAUCGUGGCAAUUAUCUUAAAAAAUCUCUUGAUCGCCUGAGACGAGCACCAAGUCGUGAGGGAAGCUUUGAAAGUAACACUGAAGAGGAUGUCUCUCAGGGCAAGUCGCCCCUAACCGCCGAAGAGGAGGCCUACACAUCGCGAAGAGCUGCACGGCUUCAGCGUUUGGAACAGGAAAGUCAACAGCUUUUAUCUCAGCUCUCCAAGAACAAUGAACGUGGUGAGAAGAUUUCUAAUAAACUGGACACUCUACACGAACGUCAUGGAAACGAAGAGCCCGCAGAGCCAGAAAGAGCCAGCAAAUCGGCAAGCAUCUCGCAGACAGUGGAGCAGCGUCUAGAGGAUAUUGAGCGAGUGUCGGCCAAUCGGGCAGAGCGUUUGCGGCUAAUGGAAGCCCAGGGCAAUGAGCUAAUUGCUCGUCUCAGCCACACCUCAGAGCGGGGCACCACUUUAAUUAAUCGCAUAGCCGAACGGGAGGCCAGCCGGCGGCAGGAGGCCGAAUUGGUUGAACAAACUCAAGCCACUGAGGUGGCCACCAGUACAAGUUUGGCCAACAACAUCGCCAGUAGCAGAAUUGUGGGUGUCGAAGAGGAAACCGAGGGAGCUGCCUGUUGCGUAACAGUUACCACUACAUCCAGUCAAUUGGCCAUCCAGCAACAGUCUACCGGAGCCAUACCCAAGAAAACGCCAACAAAAUCGAAUCUUGGUGACAAUAAAAACAAUAGCAAGCCAAUGGCUCAUCUAUGUGCUGCCACCCGACAAAGUGAUGCUGCGAGAAAGCGCACAACAAGUCAAGGUAACGAGUAUUCCGAGAAGACUUCAGAGACUUUGGAGGAUAUGGUACAGCGUCUGCGUGACUUACCCUUUCCGGAAACAGAUGAAAAGAUUUCGGAGGAUUCCAACGAUAAGGAAUCACAAUGAAUUCUUUAAUGUUCAUUAGAACUACCGACUUUAUAUAUAUACCCAUUCAGUUAUAUAUACUCGCUGAUGGAAAACAAUAUCCAAUGUAUCUAUUAUGCCAUUCAAUGUGUUUCAAUAUCUAUUAAAAAUAAAGUGUUUAAUUUAAAACAAUAGA